UGAAGCUCCAGUAACUCCUGAUGAAAACGAUGCAGAACGUUUGGUGCCUGUUCAUUCAUUUCCUCGGCAUCACCACCCGGCAGUCCUGGUCUGACAUUUCUCCCAGGAGGCAAUGAGUGCUAUGAUCCCCACAGCAUCCCCUGUGCUGCAGCAUCUCAGCUGCCAUUCUGGGAAGCAAUAAUUCCUUUGGGAAGGGGGAUCACUGCUGGCAAAGCCAAUACACCACAGCAACACCGCAAUGGGAAUAACUGUCCAGAACAUCACAGGGAACACAGCGAUGGUGAUUUGGCCCAGAAUGGCCAGCUGUGCCGACAGCUUUUACAGUGUCAUGUAUCACCCCAACUGGAACAGCGUGCUGUCCAGCUACUCCAGGAAGAGUUUCCAGAAGGAGGAGAGGGUGCCUGCCAGCCGCUCCUCCUUCGUGGUGGAAAACCUCACCCCGCUGACCACGUACCUGCUGUGCGUCACCUGCCAGUCCGCCAGCCCUUCCAGCGACCAGUGCCAGGUGUUCAACACGCUGGAACAAGACCCAGCAUCUGCUAACACCACCAAGAAGGAGCUGGCAUUGGGCAUCUGGCUGGCCAGCAGCCUCCUGCUGCUCAUCAUUGCCGCAAUCCUCCUCUACGGUUGCCUGCACCUGCUGUGCCGUGCUAGGCGUGAGCGGUCACGAGGCCAAGCCGGGGCCUCCCAGAGGGAGGCACAUGACUUGGAGGAGCCCAGCAAGCAGAGCCAAGUGCUGCAGGACAGAGAGGAGAGGCAGCCAGAUGGCAUCCAGCUGGCCACCAUCAUUGAGAAUCCUGCAGUCUGCAGGGAGCCUGGCCAGCCAGUCUCCAGCAGCCGGGAACGAGCGCCAGCAGCAGGACAGUGCCCUGCUGUCAGUUGGGAACCAUAGGUCACGGCAGAGCUGUACUCCCAUCUGUGCCUGCUACCUUUGUGGCCCUUUCCAGUGCCCUACACAGCCACUGA